CAGGCCUUUGAAACAACAAGAAUGGGAACCCCAGCUCCUGGAGAGUUCCUCCUGCUGCUUCUGGUUGCCCUGGCUCCAACUCUGACCCAAACCCGCUCACACUCGCUAAGCUAUUUUGAAACUACCGUGUCCCGGCCUGGGCUCCGGGAGCAGGAGCGGUACCGGUACAUCUUCGUUGGCUAUGUGGACGACACGCAGUUCGUGCACUUCGACAGCGAUGUGCUGAGUCAGACGUUGGAGCCACGGGCACCCUGGGUAAAGCAGAUACCUCCAAAGCUUUGGGAGCAAGAGAUACAGAGAGUCAAGAACGACAAACUGAAUGCCCGGGCUCUCCUCCAUGGUGCGAUUCAUGAAUACAACGAGAGCCAGGACGUCUCUCACACUAUGCAGUGCUUGACUGGCUGCGUCAUCGGGCCGGACCGGCGCUUCCUCCGAGGGUACAGCCAGCAUGCCUAUGAUGGCCAGGAUUACAUCUCCCUGAAUGAGGACCUGAAAACGUGGAAGGUGACUGACUCAGCUCCUCAGAUCACCCACCAAAAGUGGAAGAAUCCUGUUCAGGCCCAGUUCUUCGGGGCUUUCCUUGAAGUGGAGUGUGUGGAGAAUCUCCUCAGCUACCUGGAGGCAGGAAAGGAGAUACUUUUGCACUCAGAGCCCCCAAAGGCACAUGUGACCCAUCACCCCAGACCUGAAGGGGAUGCCACCCUGAGGUGCUGGGCUCUGGGCUUCUAUCCUUCCGAGAUCACCCUGACCUGGCAGAAAGAUGGAGAGGACCAGACCCAGGACAUGGAGCUAGUGGACACCAGACCUGCAGGGGAUGGAACCUUCCAGAAGUGGGCAGCCAUGGUGGUGCCUUCUGGGGAGGAGCAGAGAUACACUUGCCAUGUGGUCCACGUUGGACUGCCCAAGCCUCUCUCUGUGAAAUGGGGUAAGGAGGAGAAGGCUGGUCUGAUUCUCCUUGGAGUUGUGGUCACUGGAGCCGUGGCUGCCAUUGUGAUGAGGAAGAAGACGAACAGAGGUAGGGAAAGGGUUGUUUUCUGAUGGUUUUUGUCUUGC